AUGAGAAGGAGGAUCGGCCAAGAGGAAAGUGGACGAGCUCCAUCCUUCAAGGAAAUCGGGGAUAAAUGGGAGGAGGACACUUGGAGGACCGAACGGGAGAGGAAAAAGAACCCUCAGUUCUUCGAAAAUACCGAAACUCGGGACUCCCAAAGUUACAAAAGCAGCAAUACCACCUCCACGUGGCAAGAGCCUGCUCGCCUAAAUGUUCACGAACGUCUUGGCCCAAGGGAGCCGCUGGAAAAAGUCCUCGGCAAAGUUGAAAAAUCUGGUAGGCUAGCAAAGUGGGCCUUCGAGCUCACUGAGUUCAGCAUCAGUUACCAUCCGAGAACAGCCAUCAAGGCUCAAGCCCUAGCGGACUUCCUCGCCGAGUGUUCUAACCAAGAGACAUUGGACGAGGAAAAGAAAAUUUGGACUAUUUUCACGGAUGGAUCCUCCACCAUAAAUGGUUCGAGGGUAGGGGUAGUCAUAACCUCGCUCGAAGGCAAGUCCUUUGAAUAUGCACUGAAAUUCUCAUUCAAAGCUUCAAAUAAUGAAGUAGCAAUUGCUGUUUUAGAGUUGUGCAUAGCAUUGGAAGCCGAGCAUGUAUGUUUAAAGACAGACUCUCAGCUCGUCGCAAAUCAGAUCCGAGGUGAAUAUGAGGCCAAAAAGCCCUCAAUGAUAGCUUACCUUGCAAAAAUCAAAACAGUUAUUGUGAAGCUGAGAACCCUUGAAGUCGAGCUGAUCCCAAGGGCUGAGCUGGAUGGACCCCAUCCUAGCUUACAAGCUUCGAGGAUAAAUUCCCGAAGACAGAAACUUAGCCUCCAAACUGAAGAGAAUCAGCUUAAGGUUCAUCGCCUUCAGAGGAGAGCUGCUGAAAAAGUCCUCAGCCCCACUACUAAAGUGUGUGGGACCACAGACGCUGACUACAUGCUUCGGGAGAUCCACCUCGGCAUCUGUGAAAACUACAAUAGGGGAAGGGUUGUAGCCCACAAGGCAUUGAGAGCAGGGUAUUAUUGGCCCACCAUGAUCUUGGAUGUUAAGGAGCUGGUUAGGAAAUGCGAAAAAUGUCAAAAAUUCGCAUCGGUCAUCCAUCAGCCAACCAGAGAUCUUCAACCGAUCUUGAACCCACUUCCAUUUGCGCAAUGGGGGCUGGAUAUCUUGGGGCCAUUUCCCGAUGCUCCACACUUGAAAAGAUGGCUGAUAGUCGGCAUUGAUUAUUUCAGCAAAUGGAUCAAGGCUGAAGCAGCCGCGAACAUCACAGAGCAAACUGUCAGGAAAUUCAUCUGGCAAAAUAAUAUCACUCGCUUCGGGAUUCCGAAGGUCCUUGUCUUCGAUCACGGGAGGCAAUUUGAUAAUUUUCCGCUAAGGUGGUACACUGAUCAGUUCGGCAUCAAGUUGGCCUAUUCAGCAGUGUGUCAUCCACAAAGCAAUGGUCAAGCCGAAGCUACAAACAAGCAGAUUCUUAACGCUCUCAAGUAG